UGUGGGAGGCAGCUAUGUGAGCUGGACGCCCGCCCCGGAGGAGUCUGGACCAAACGUCCCCUGAGAGUCAGCGGCCCUGCCAGGGUACAGCUGCAUAUUAAUUCAACCAAACGAAACUGUUAGGAUGAAAUGCCACUGAGAUGCAUUCUGAAGUGUAAUUCCUCUGAAACAAGAAGUCAACUUCAAGCAGAUUGACUUGAAUUGGGAUCUCAUUUGGGAAGCAUUAAGUGCCCAACACACUGCGUUGUAUUUUUUUAUUUGGAAAACACUCAAGUUCCAGUGGCUUUAUCAUCCUGUACUUUACUUCCUGAAAAACUGGCAAUCCCAUGUGGACUUCUGGUAGAAUGAGCAAUGCAAAGAGCUGGCUUGGACUUGGCAUGUCCUUGUACUUCUGGGGAUUGAUGGACCUUACAACCACCGUUCUCUCGGGUACACCAACACCGCCAGGUGAAUUAGAAGCGCUCCUGUCAGACAAGCCACAGUCACACUUGCGGACAAAGAGGAGCUGGGUUUGGAACCAGUUUUUUGUUCUGGAAGAGUACACUGGAACCGACCCUUUGUAUGUGGGCAAGCUCCAUUCAGACAUGGACAGGGGAGAUGGAUCCAUCAAAUACAUCCUCUCAGGAGAAGGCGCAGGUGUUGUGUUUACCAUCGAUGACACCACUGGAGACAUCCAUGCCAUCCAGAGGCUCGACAGAGAGGAAAGAGCCCAGUAUACUUUAAGGGCUCAAGCCCUAGACAGGCGGACAGGCAGGCCGAUGGAGCCAGAGUCAGAGUUCAUCAUCAAGAUCCAAGACAUCAAUGACAAUGAGCCCAAGUUCCUAGAGGGACCUUAUGUCGCCACUGUGCCAGAAAUGUCACCAGUGGGGACCUCUGUUAUCCAGGUGACAGCCACAGAUGCUGAUGAUCCAACCUACGGCAACAGUGCCCGGGUCGUGUACAGCAUUCUCCAGGGCCAACCAUAUUUUUCUGUGGACUCCAAAACAGGUGUAAUUAGGACAGCACUCAUGAACAUGGACCGAGAAGCCAAAGAAUACUACGAAGUGAUUAUCCAAGCCAAGGACAUGGGAGGGCAGCUUGGAGGCUUAGCUGGGACCACAACAGUCAACAUCACCCUCUCAGAUGUCAAUGAUAACCCACCCCGCUUUCCCCAGAAACACUAUCAGAUGAGUGUGUUAGAAUCGGCUCCGGUUAGCUCCACUGUGGGGAGAGUGUUUGCCAAGGACUUGGAUGAAGGAAUUAAUGCAGAGAUGAAGUACACUAUUGUGGACGGAGAUGGCGCAGAUGCCUUUGACAUUAACACAGAUCCCAAUUUCCAAGUCGGCAUCAUAACUGUGAAGAAGCCCCUGAGUUUUGAAAGCAAGAAAAGCUACACCUUAAAAGUGGAGGGAGCCAAUCCUCACCUGGAGAUGCGUUUUCUGAAUCUGGGCCCAUUUCAGGACACAACGACAGUGCACAUCAGUGUGGAAGAUGUGGAUGAGCCCCCUGUAUUUGAACCCGGCUUUUAUUUUGUGGAGGUUCCUGAGGAUGUGGCAAUUGGAACGACCAUACAGAUCAUUUCUGCCAAGGACCCGGAUGUGACCAACAACUCAAUCAGAUAUUCCAUUGACAGAAGCAGUGACCCUGGAAGAUUCUUCUAUGUUGACAUUACAACAGGUGCCCUAAUGACCGCAAGACCCCUUGACCGGGAAGAGUUUGCCUGGCAUAAUAUCACUGUCCUUGCUAUGGAAAUGAACAAUCCUUCCCAAGUUGGAAGUGUUUCUGUCACAAUCAAAGUCUUGGAUGUGAAUGACAAUGCUCCAGAGUUCCCCCGAUUCUACGAAGCGUUUGUCUGUGAAAAUGCCAAAGCAGGGCAGCUGAUCCAGACAGUGAGUGCAGUGGACCAAGAUGACCCACACAAUGGUCAGCACUUCCACUACAGCUUGGCUCCCGAGGCUGCUAACAACCCCAACUUCACCGUAAGGGACAACCAAGAUAACACUGCCCGGAUUCUAACCCGGAGGUCCGGCUUCCGGCAGCAGGAGCAGAGUGUCUUUUACCUGCCCAUCCUGAUAGCAGACAAUGGGCAGCCAGUGCUGAGCAGCACAGGCACGCUGACUAUCCAGGUGUGCAGCUGUGACGACGACGGCCAUGUCCUGUCCUGCAGCCCUGAGGCCUACAUGCUCCCAGUCAGUUUGAGCCGGGGCGCCCUCAUCGCCAUCUUGGCCUGCAUCUUUGUCCUCUUAGUGCUGGUGCUGCUCAUUCUGUCUAUGAGGAGACACCGGAAACAGCCCUACAUCAUCGACGACGAGGAGAAUAUCCACGAGAACAUCGUCCGCUACGACGACGAGGGCGGCGGCGAGGAGGACACGGAGGCCUUUGACAUCGCGGCCAUGUGGAACCCCCGGGAGGCGCAGGCGGGAGGCGCCCCCAAGUCGCGGCAGGACAUGCUGCCCGAGAUUGAGAGCCUCUCCCGCUACGUGCCUCAGACGUGCGCGGUGAACAGCACCGUCCACAGCUACGUGCUGGCCAAGCUCUACGAGGCCGACAUGGACCUGUGGGCCCCGCCCUUCGACUCCCUCCAGACCUACAUGUUCGAGGGGGACGGCUCCGUGGCCGGCUCGCUCAGCUCCCUGCAGUCGGCCACAUCAGACUCGGAGCAGAGCUUCGACUUCCUGACGGACUGGGGGCCGCGUUUCCGGAAGCUGGCGGAGCUCUACGGCGCAUCGGAGGGGCCGGCGCCCCUGUGGUGACGGAAGCCGGGAGGCAGGCGCGUGGCCAAACCCAGACGUUCCCAGCGGAUGCUUCGCGGACGAGGUGCAGUCAAUCCCACGAGCAAUACUGUGCUGGAGAGUGAGAAUGGGGGUGAGCGGGCGAACAGAGCUCUCUCUGGAUCAGCUUUACUUGGUUAGAUUAAGUUAAGUAAUCAAAAGGAAACACAGGAAGAGGCGGGGGGGAAUCUCCAAUGACAUUUUUUUUAAUUUUCUUUUUAAUUUUUGUGACGCUAUUCAAAGGCUUGGAGUCCAAGGUUAAUAUGGCAAGCUUGGCUGUUCUUUACCAUUCACCAAGGCCUUUGCCACUUUUCCACCACAAAGAGGCUCUGAUCCUAAAUACAGAGGUGACAAUUGAACGCAGAUAGGAAGUUCUACUCUCGUAUCCUUUUUUGUUUUUAAUCUUAUUUUAUUCUCCAUUUAAGAGUUUUGCUAGCUCAUCAAACCGCACAAGCCAGCCCACACAAAAGAACACUGAAAAAUUAUUCCUCGGUGAAAUUAACCUACUUGUUCUAGGAUGGAUGAAAUUUCUUUUAACCCUUUUGAGACAAGGUUAAGGCGACUCGGCCUUGCAUGGGGGGUGGGUGCGGGGUGGGAGAAGGAAGAGGCAUUGACUUUGUGCUCGAGUUUAAUGGCUGAACCAAGAGUCGUUGGCUUUACAACGAAUCCAACUCCAUCAAGUUAGAGGGCUCUUGUUCUCUCAGCUCUUUUACUGUGCCCCUGAAAAAUUGUUCAGAAGGAAACCAGAAAAUCUGCCUCUUUUGCACUGUAGAUGUCUCUUCCGUGUGCCAAAUGUGAAGAUUAGAUACUACAAAUGAAAGCCAAAUAAAAAGAAGUGUCUGAUAAAAGCAUGGGUUAGAGGGCUUUCCUAAUCUGUGUGAGGUCAAUCCAAGGGAUGUUUACAUACUGUAGAUAACCUACUUGAACAAGAAUCAGCAUUAUAGAGAAUAAAUGGAUGUAAGAAAAUUACAUGUAUAAGUUUUGUAUAUUUGUUAAUAAUUUUGGUAAUAAAUAUGAUGUACUGCAUCUCAGUA